UCAAAACUUGUGCUACAUGGAUGACGUGUAUGUGUGGGUCCUUCGCUCUUCCGGGUUUGUAUAAACAGAUCGCAGACGGAGCUGCCUCGCCCAAAACAUGUCUAAAGUAACGUUUAAAAUCACCCUGACGUCGGACCCCCGGCUGCCAUACAAAGUACUAAGUGUCCCAGAGAGCACACCAUUCACGGCAGUUUUGAAGUUUGCAGCUGAGGAGUUCAAAGUGCCAUCAGCAACCAGUGCAAUAAUAACAAAUGAUGGAAUAGGAAUCAAUCCUGCCCAGACUGCAGGGAAUGUGUUUCUAAAGCACGGCUCAGAGCUUCGCAUCAUUCCCAGAGACAGAGUGGGAGGACAGGGAGACUGAUGCUGCUUUUCCUCGUUCACAUCAUAGUGACUCACAGCAGAAUCAUAUAACACUUGAGACCCAGGAAACACCUCAGCGUGUCGUAUUUAUUUUCUGGCCCACAACUGACAGCGACUCGCAUAAGACAAUGUAUAUUCAAGUUAUCAAUGACGUGCAAAUCUGUUUGUAUGUUCCCCUGUGUCUUAGUCAGGUACAAAAAUUUGAAGUAACAUCAAGAGAGAGAGAAACCAAAUAAUUAACAUACACAAACACAGCAGCUGUGGCAUCAUGGGAAAUAUUUUAGCUAAGAUUAACAAACAACAUGGACAACAGCAGCUUUUGUAUCUUUGUAAAUGACAAUAAACAAAAUGACUAACAGGA